AUGACACGAAGUCCCUAUGAGGACAUGAAGACGAGAAAGAAAAUAUGUAAUGAGGAAAAUGAAGCAGAUGAAGAUGAUGCAUAUGGAAGAGAUGAAAAAGAUAUAGGAGAUGAAGAUGAUGAAGGAAAUAGGGAAGAUCAAGAUGAAGAAAAUGAGAGAAAAAGGAUUCGAGAGAUAAGGAAAAGCGAUAAUUGCUCGGCCCAGAACAAAGACAAAUAUUUGAUGUCCAUGUACCUAUACGCCAUUGAAAAUUUCGAUGUAGAACGAAUCACACAUAAAUAUCUGAUUGUGAGUCAUACAGAAAAUGAGGGAGAUUCUAUGCACUCCUGUAUAGAAAAAGAAAGGAGUCGAAUUCUGAAAAGUGGACCAAUUUACGUUCCUAGUGAGAUAGUCACCAUCACAAAAUCGGCCAAGAAGAAAGGAACUCCAUAUUCUGUUACAGAAAUGUCAACAGAAGAUUUCGUCGACUGGAAAAAAGUAAGUGAAGUCAUGGGAAAAAAUUACAACAUCGAUGAAAAUGGAGACAAAGUUUCCUGGAAUGAAUUCAAAGUUGUAAUGAUGGAUUAG